UUAAGACUUUAUUCUACCCUCUAUGUCGCGGUUGGAUUUAAAAGAACAUAUCAGAAAGAUUAAUGUAUGUCCCAAUUCAUUUUCCGUCACAUAUGAUGGGAAGUAACGUAAGCGAGAUGAAACGUGCAGCUUGGUGACAGCCUAUGACCAAGCUAGCUAGCUGCUUGUUGUCAAGACUUUCCUUUCAUCAAAGAUUUUAGCCGUGACUCACAACAACAAUUCACGUUUGUCAAGUUUUAGACUAUCUUACCCGUGUUCUAUUUCUUAUUGCGUGGUUGUCAGGGAUGGCAGACGACGCUCUGUUCGAGUUUCUCCAUAUGGAGAUUGUGGCACACGUUUACAGGGAUCAGCAAUCCAUGAAAGGAGAGGCGGACAACAAGGAGAGGUCCUCCCGUGUUUCUAUUUUGGAGGGGAUGGGCUACAGAGUGGGACAAGGGCUCAUCGAGAGGUUGACAAGGGACUCCCCCUGCUUCAAAGAUGAGUUGGAUAUAAUGAAAUUUAUUUGUAAAGACUUCUGGACAAAAGUAUUCAGGAGGCAGGUGGAUAAUCUCAGAACUAACCAUCAGGACAACAAAUUUAAUUUGCUGACACAGCUGUCUAAUGGUAAACAGUAUUUGGAUCAAGCACCUAAGUACCUUGCCUUUUCAUGUGGUGUGGUGAGAGGAGCUCUGUCAAAUCUAGGUCUUGAAAGUGUGGUUACAGCUGAGGUCUCUGUCAUGCCAUCAUGUAAGUUUCAAGUGGUGAUCCAGAAAUUAUGACAAGGUCCCACCUUGCUGCUUAGUUCAAACACCCUUGUCCUUAAUGUCAGGUUCUGAUGUUACCAAAAAGUAAAUUACCUUCCAUUCUCUUCCUUUCAUUACUGCAACAACAGAAAGAAUCAGACAUAGUCAUGCUCAUAGUUGUGGGGCUUGCUACCUAUACUGUACUUGUUGAAAUUGGAUACAGAUGCAGCGUCUCUUCUUGCUGAGUUCUGAGCAAGUAAGCAAAAUGCUUUUUUCAUCUAUUGUAUGGACGUAAGUGAAACCAAGCCCCAAUUGGCCAUUCUGCUUGAUAGUGUGUUGUCUUUUUGCAUUCAGUAAAUUCAGUCCUUGAUCUCGAUGCCCUCGCAAACUGUGUUCACAUGUAACUGUUUUACAGAAAUAUAGAUAGAGCUUAACAAAUUCAUUCGAACAUCCCACAUUGUAGGUUUAAUUCCACUGCUGCCCUAAUGUAACAGCAGUAGUCAUUUAAAAAAAAGGCUUGUUUUUUUCUCUUUAACAGAAAUAUUUCUCUUUAUAAUUGUUAUCCAUUAAUUUGCAAAUGUACCAUUUUACAAGAAAUAUGAAAACAGUAAGUCAUGUUAUUUGUUGAUUGCAUUCUUGAGCAGAAAAAAAAAACGUUUUCAUGGUUGAAUGUUACACUUGAUUAAUUUUUGGCUUGUAAGACAGUGAGUGGCUCUAACUUGUGUAUAAAAAGUAAAAUGGUGAAAUGUCUACAACUCAUUGAAAUGGAAAGAGUCCACAUUGUAAUGCUGGAUGGUAUCAUCCUCAUUUCUAACAGGUGGUCUAAUAAACUUGUAGAUGUGUGACAAAUGUAAGAAGAGAUCAACA